AUGGGCCAUGAUCCAGUCGACGUGCUUCGCAGGAUGGUGACAAGCCACAUGAUCAAGGACGCUCACAUCCCUUCCAAGCCGAAUGGAUCAAGUGUGUGUCGAGGAUGCCAAGAAGGGAAGAUGGUCCGAAAACCAUUCCCGAGCAACCGUGACAAGCGCACCUACAACACCUUCGAGAUGCUCCACUUCGACAUCUGCGGACCCAUGGAAGAAAAAUCUCUGGGUGGCAGCAAGUAUCUGCUGCUGAUCGUGGAUGAAGCCAGCGGAUGCAUGAAGGGUUUUUGUCUGCAUUCCAAGUCAGAGAGCGAAGAGUGCAUCAAGAAGUACAUCACGGUGAUACAGACGCAGUUCAACAAGAAGGUCAAAUUUGUGCGACACGAUGGAGCCCGCGAGUUUGCGACGAACUCGCUUCAAGAUUUCUACGAAGUCGAAGGCAUCGAGCAACAAACCACGGUGCCAUACGCACAUCAAGCCAAUGGAACUGCUGAACGCGCGAUUCGAACUAUCGUCACCAUCGGUCGUAGCAUGCUCCAUCAUGCCAAGUUGGACAAGUGCUUCUGGGCUGAAGCGGCAAUGACGGCCGUCUAUGUGAAGAACCGUUUGCCGUCACCCAAGAUUCCACACAAGACACCGUUCGAGAUUGUCUACAGUUCUAAGCCAAGUGUCAAGCACAUGCACGUUUUUGGGUGCCAAGCAUACAUCUUGACCCCGAAGGAGAAACGACUCAAGUGGGAUCCCAAGGCCCGGGCUGGAUUGUUUUGA